GUACUAGUUUUUGACAUGUUCAAUUCGCUUUUUCACGUUCAACGACAUUUGCAACCAAGUCGAUUACCGUUUCAUAAGAGAAUUUCUGAUUUAAAACAGCUUUAUACCAACAAGAAUGCACAUGUCAAGAUGAUAACUGAGAAUCCUGCUGCUCUUACGGAAGCUCGGGAACUACUUAACGAAUGGCUUGUCAAAAGCGUUCUCAGUGAAGACGAAUUUGAUAUGGAUGCCUUUGAACAUGAGCCCCAAGUUCGCAUUCCUAGCCGCGUUGAACUAAAGAAGGAAUGGGAUCACUUAUUGAAACAUACAGAAGAAGGCAGUGUGAAACUUAGCACAAAACCAACCGCAUUAUCAGGACUGAAUUACUUAACAGAGAAGAACUUGACAUCAGCCAAUGGAAACAGGAUGCAGCGGGUAGACAACAGCUCACGAAACAUCAAAACCAACAAAGAGAACGUUUUUGAGAAACAAGCAUCCACAGGGGACACAUUACAUCGGAUCUUGGUGCGCCAAGAAGAGGCUCGCAUUCGUCGAGUCAUGCGAAAGGCGGAAUGUGAAAAACAAAGACAGGAUACCUCGGUUAGGCGUGAAGCGGCGCGAGAAGCGCUUGCACUCAUUAAACAAGAGGAAGCCGAAAGACGACGGCAGCUGAAGCGGGAAGAAGAGUUGAUUCAGAGUGAGAUGGUGCGCAUUAGGAAAGAAAUGGAGACUGAGAAGGAACGAAUAGCCCGAUCAAGAUUGAAAGAGAAUGAGAUUCCGGCAAAGACGAAUGCAGUAAUUCCAGUGCUAGAACAAGCAGGAGAGCGCCCAAAACCCGUUGCUUCCCCCACCUUACUAUGGGCUAACUUGGAGAACAGGAGUUUAUCGUGCACAAUGGAAUCCACCGUUGAGGACAAUAUGCUUCUUCGUCACCACUUCUUAAACUGGAGACAAACGGUUGUUGCAACGCGAAUCCAGGUGGCAACCUUUGCGGAACGGCGGCAAUGUCGUCUGAAACGUUCUACAUUUCGAGGCUGGCGAAGUUGGUCGGUUGAAGCUCGACUGGAGAGAGAGUUAGAGAAGGCCAAGGAGUUCGCCAGAGAAUUGGAGAGAAAGGAGACGGUUGCAGUUGAUCUUCAUGAAACACGUUUGAAACGUCAGGGAUUUGAAAACUGGCACCUUAAUACUAUCCGGAACAGGAUGGAACGAAACAAUGCCGACCGCAAACAAGUAAGACAGGAACUGGAGACUGAUUUCCUAGCAAGACUUCGAGAGUUUCCUACGGCGCCACUUGAUGAGGUAUGUGCGACGGAAGAAAAGCCUCUCCCACACAAAAGUGCAUUAUCUCCACAGAAGGAAAUACGUUCCAGUAAAGCUUCAAUGGGUCGUGCUAACACUUGCCGGACUUCAUGUGACCAAAUGGGGAGUGUCGCACAAUGUACAACUUUUGGAACCAAUCGCUUUCGAUAUUGGGUGGUACCUUCCAAGACCUCUGCGCGAUCAGCCGUAGAACGUCCGAGUCUAGCACAGACUGUUUUGCAGCAGCGCCAACGCAUCGCUGCGCAGAAUCGGCAAAUAGAAGAGUUGAAGUCAGCACAGCGUUACACUGAGCUGAUGUUGGAGGCUAAAGCACAUGCUAUGGUUGACCAGUUGCUUCUAAAGGCCAGUGAAAAUACCACUCAAGGGUCGUCCUCAACGACAGCCAGGUCUGCUGCCGACUUCACCCAAACAUUCCACUCCUGGUCUCAUUCUGCUAAGGGACCGAAUUCUGCGAGUCAGUUCGAGCCAAAUUCUAAUGAAAACCGCUGUCAAGAGGACCCAUGGACAACACCACUUCCUCUGGAUGCAAUAAAUGUCAACAAAAAUGCCUUCUUACGGAGAAUGGAGGAAAAUGCACUUAAACGUGCCCGGUCAAGGAUGGAACGAGAGGAGCGAAGACGAUUAGCAGAGAAUAGGAAAAAAGGAAAUCGCUGGCCAAGUGGUGACUUACACAAUGCCGCCGUGCCAUUUGCUGAAAUGGGAUAA